CGCCAGCACACUCACCUGCCUCUUCACUUCAUACCCAGCCAUCACCCACAAUCUUCGUUGCUAUCAAGUCAACAGCCACCCUGCCAUCCAUCUCACGCCCGGCAAUUCAGUACCAUCACUACAACUAAAGCACAAGUCACCCGUCCCCACUACCUCCCCCACUGCCGCGACUGCCACCAGCCAGGACCACACGAGCCAACCAGCAACUCCCUUCUCCCUACUCGUCCGGCGGGCGCCACACUGCCGCCUGCCCUGUCGACUCGGGUCUCGCAGUCAGUCAGAUCUUGCGCCAGUCUUCGCCCAGCCGUCGUUCGUGGCGCAUUGUUCGCUCUCUGCUCUCAAGGAUCUCAUAAAACAUCGAAAAACAACCUAUAAACAAUCUUGCAGUGACUGAGUUGUGUCGUUGAAUGGUUUAUGGUAACCCAACUGUCCUUACGUGAAGUCAGAAAACCAGUGAGCUCGUGAACCACGGUGGGCAACACGCGGCGGACAAUUGGGAAAGCUGAAGAAAAAUUGUGGCAGCUGUGAACAUUAGAACAUUAUGGCCAUCGGUGCCAGCGUCCGCGUGUGAUGAUUAGCAAGUGGAAUGUUGGCGAAGACUGACUAAGCCUCGAGCUGACAGUGUAAAUAGCGCGACUGAGCGAGUGCAGACGGCAGAGAGGCGCAGAGCAGGACGCGGCGGUGAUGGAGAUGAUACCCCGUGAGCUUGGGGGGCCGCCCUUACCCUCCCCUCUGCUGCUGCUGCUGCCGCCACUGUUGCUGCUAGCUGCUGGCACCGCCCCGCCCGCUCACGCGCUGUGCUUCCAAGAUGGCAUCUACUACCCGAAUGGGAGUGAAUGGCACCAGGAAGCCUGUGUGGGGUGCCGGUGCCACGGGCAGGUAGCGGUGUGUGAGCGGGAGGUGUGUGAGGUGUCUGCUUGCCCACCAUCACACCAGUUAAUACACAGCCCCCAACACUGCUGUCCACGCUGUCUUCCACCUCCCACACCUUGCCAUGCUGGAGAUUCUCUCUUCCAAGCCGGUGAAGUUUGGUCUCCUGGAGGGUGUGAACAGUGUCAGUGCAUCAGUGGAACUGUGUCCUGUGGACGCAAACCCUGCAAUAUUACCAGCUGCCCAGAGGGUCAGGUGCUGCUACAGCUUCCUGGAAAGUGCUGCCCUGAGUGUGUACCACUGGGUCGCCAAUGUAAGGUGGGAAAUGAAGUUUACAUUGAUGGUGCUCUGUGGUCACCAGUAGCAUGUACACAGUGCCAGUGCCGUGAUGGGAGGGUACUGUGCUAUGUAGCUCAGUGCCCUCAUCUCACCUGCCCAGCCAAUCACACAUUGGAAGUGAACCAGGGAUCAUGCUGCCCUAGAUGUGUGGGGUCUCCUUGUGUGGUGCAGGGCAGAGUGUUCCAAUCUGAGGAGCAGUGGAAGGACAAUGCAUGUCGUGAGUGUGUGUGCAUGGCAGGGCGUAUCUUUUGCCACCAGCAGAAGUGUCCCAGCCUUCAGUGUCCAGAGGAUGAGGAGCCACACCAGGAGGAAGGUGUCUGCUGUCCUAAAUGUAUUAAGACUCAAGGUUGGUGUUUGCUUGAGAAUGGCACAAGCAUAGCUCCAGGGAAAGUGUGGAGGAGGACUGCAUGUGACUUGUGUGUGUGUCAGGAAGGCAAGGUUGUUUGUCAGAAGGUAGAGUGUGGUGGGACAAAGUGUGGUAUGGGAGAGUCCCUAGUCAGUCAGCCUGGCUCCUGCUGCCCUGAGUGUGUCAUAGACCAGUCCAUGUGCCUUAUGGAUGGUGCACUCAAAAAAAGUGGGGAUGUGUGGAAGUCUGGGAAAUGUCAAGUGUGUUCCUGUAGCAGAGGAGAGGUCACUUGCUACCAGCCCUCCUGCCCUUUGUGUCCUGAGGGGAUGGUACCCAUGUUGAAUGACAACAGUGACUGCUGUCCACUAUGUCAACAUAUUACAUGCUCCAGCCACUGCUCACUGUGUGUUUCUGGCAAUCCUGAGCCAUUGUGCACAGUCUGCCAAAAAGGUUUCUUUCGUCAGUCAGGAAUGUGUGUCAAAGAGUGCAGUAAAGGCACCUUCCAGCAGGGCACAGAGUGUGUCCCGUGCCAUCCGUCUUGCUCCACGUGCUCUGAUGCAUCCAACUUUCACUGCACAAGGUGCAAAGAGAGUGAGGUAUUACACGAAGGCCAGUGUUUAAGUGACUGUGGUCGAGGAUUUUAUGCCAGUGGAGGAAGGUGCCAUCCGUGCCAUGCUUCCUGCAGUGAGUGUGCUGGGCCUGGAUCUGACCAGUGCCAGGUGUGCCCUGCCAAGACUUUUCUGCAUGCUGGUGUCUGCAUUGAAGGCUGUCCCAGGGGAUACUAUGCCAGAGAGCAAGUUUGUGAAAAAUGUGAGGAAGAGUGUGAGGUUUGUGGGUUGGGGCAGUGUCUGCGUUGCCGUCCGUCAUUUUUUUUAGAGGAUGGACAUUGCCAGGAAGAAUGCUCACUGGGCUUCUACAAGAGUCAAGAUAACACUUGUCUUAGUUGCCAUCCUUCAUGCAAAACCUGCAAUGGUGCCAGGAUUUCUUCCUGUACUUCAUGUCCUCAUUACCUUUUCUUGAGUGGGUCAUACUGCCUUAGCGUGUGCCCAAGAGGAACCUACGCUGAGGAAGGGCUGUGUAUACCCUGCCAUGAAUCUUGCUCACAUUGUUUAGGGAAAGGUCAUGAGAGUUGUGUGGAGUGCUCCCAGGCCAGACAGGUUGUGGUAGUGGAAGGGCAGGAACACACAUCAGGCACAUGUCAAGAUGCUUGUCCUUCAACUCACCAGAUGCAAAGCAAUGUAUGUGUAGCACCCCCCAUGGGCUGUGAGGUGUGGCACGUGGCAGAUCAAUUGCACUGUCAGCAUUGCCGUGCUGGUUGGAAGCAGCAGAGACACAGCUGUGUGAAAGAAUGUGAUCCAGGUUUCUAUUAUAAUCCCAAGAAAAGUGUCUGCACAGAGUGUGAUCCACGGUGCAAGACUUGCUCAGGCCCCGGCCAUAGGAGCUGCCUAACCUGCCACAAGAGAGCCACACUCCAUCCAAGGAAAACUGGAGCAGAGUGUCUCACUAAAUGCUCCCGGAGACAUUAUCUGGCAUUAGAUAACACAUGCCAAACCUGCCAUCCAUCGUGCAGUGUGUGUGCCCUUGACCACACCAACCCUACAGCCAGCAUUUGUCUGCGGUGCAAGACAGACUUCAGGCACACUGAGAGGGACCAGUGUGUGCAAGAGUGCAGUGAGGGACAUUUUCUGAAUAGCAACUCAGACACUUGUGAGAAGUGCCAUCCUCAUUGUGCCACCUGUAAUGGCCCUCAUGUGACCAGCUGCCUCACUUGUCCUGAGGGAACCAACCUUACAACUCAGGGAAUAUGUGAAGUAAUCCAGUGUUCAAGUGGCUUCUAUUUGAAUCAAGAGGGAAUUUGCUCCAGAUGUGAAGGAGACUGUAACACCUGCUCCAGUGAUGGCUUCACUUGCCUCACCUGCCAUGCUUCCCAACAUCUACUCUAUGGAAAGUGUGUUGAUCAGUGUCCCUCCAUGUUUUUUGUGGACUCAAAUUCUGAUGGAGAGUGUCGAGAAUGUCACUGGACCUGUGAAAAAUGUUUGGGUCCUUCAGUGGAGGACUGUCUUGAGUGCAGGGAGGGCACAGUACAGGAAGGAAGCAGCUGCCUCACUGAGUGUUCCUCAGGGCUCUACCAAGAUGGCCAGAAGUGUCGUCCCUGUCCUGGAGGCUGCAGUCUGUGUAACACCAGCUCCACCUGCCUGGCCUGCCACAGUCCCUACUUGCUGCAACAUGGCCAGUGUGUGACCUCCUGCAAACCAGGAACUUUUGCCAAUGUAUUUGAUAACGUUUGCCAUGAAUGUGGAAGUGAGUGCGAGGAGUGUUCCCUGUUCGAGUGUUUACGCUGCCGCCUGCCCCACCUGCUUCAGGGAGGCCAGUGUGUGGAGCACUGCAGUUCCAACUACCUGGCAGAGUCUGGAGUCUGUCACUACAAUGCUGUGGGACCUUCCCUUCGCCUCUUGGGUCCUCUAGUUGCUGAGUAUGGAAAAUUGUCUCUUCUGAAUGACUCUGUUCUGCACAUUAUGGAUGCUGACACUUCUAGAGAUAGACUAAUUGUCACAUUAGAAGAAUUACCCUCAAAUGGAGUUCUCCUGAGAAUGGUCAAUGGCAGCAGUCAUAAGUUGAAGAAGAAUGGCAGCUUCACUGCUGCUGAAAUGAUUGAGAGCAAGAUAUACUACAAGUAUCAGACAAACCAGCCACUGUAUGGAGAGAUGCAAUUAAGUGUGUCAGAUGGCCACUACAAGGUUGGACCAGAAGUGAUCUCUAUAAAUGUGAUUUCAUUUCAUUCUCCCAGAGUGGUUACCAAUGAACCUUUGCUGGUAUUUCAUGGGAAGGCAGCACCAUUAAGUAAUAAAAUUUUAAAGAUUCUUGACCUAGACAAUCCAGAAAGUGUAACCAUCAAAUUAGUGGAUGGGCCACACCAUGGCCAGCUGUCUGUGGCUGGGGAGGAACUGGUCAUGUUCUCCUUGGAGGAACUGGCUCAAGAACAAGUGAUAUACUCCCAUGAUGGCUCAGAUAAGGAAUCUGACCUUGUUCUUCUCCAGGCCAGUGAUGAGUAUAAUGUGGUGAACUUACUGUUGAAAGUUUUCAUUGUUGAUGAGGGAGACACACAUCCUGUGCUGAUCAGGAAUCUUGGUGCACAAGUGGAUAUGGGUGGACAAGUGCAGAUCUCUCCUCAGAUGCUGCAGGCUUCUGACAUUGAUUCAGAAGAUGAAAAUUUACUCUUUACUCUUCUGCCUAUGCUGGAAAAUUCUGGCCAGGGCAAAUUGGCCUUGGUCAUACCACUGCCUGCUGCCCUGGAUGGCUUCUUUAAUGAUGGAUGGACUCAGAUGGAUGAAACACACUUGGUGAGGCCCACCACAAGCUUCACCCAGCGGGAUGUGGACGAGGGCCGGGUGUGGUACUUGCAUUCUGGGGAUCUGAUGGGAGGUGAUGGUGUGUCAGAUCAGCUGUUGUUCUCAGUAGCUGAUAGUUCUCACCCACCUAACAUCCUGGCUGACCAAACAUUCAUCAUAAAUGUGGAACCCUCAAGCCCAGGGACUGAAGCAUCCCCUGCACCAGGCACUCAGCUGAUUGCCACAGUACAAGAGGGGCAAGCAUUAACUCUGACCCCCAGCCACCUGUCUUUCUCUGGGAUGGGUCCUUCAGAGCACUUGGUGUACACCAUCACACAUCCUCUAGGGCCUCUGGAUGGCUCCCUGUUUCACAUUGACUCUCCUGGCCUUGAGCUGCGACAGUUCAUGCAAGCAGACAUUAGUGACAUGAAGAUAAUCUACAUGCCUCCAUUUAAUGAUAUGGGACAAGAGGAUAAAUAUUUCAGUUUUAAAUUUACAGUCUCAGACACAAUGGCAGAUGGGUCAAAUCAUCUCCCAGAACAGAAGUUUACCUUCCAUGUGGUGCCCCAAAAAGGAAGUCAACUCUCAUUUGCCCAUCCUGAUCCUGAGCUCAUCAUAAACAGUCAUGAGACAGUAGUGCUGCAGCCUGAACUUUUUGAACUGGUCAGCCUGUCACCAGAAGAAAAUGUGUUAUUUAUUCUUCUAGAGGCCCCUCUCUUUGGCACCAUCACAAGAGAGGCACAAGGAAAUUCAUACCUAUUCACAGAGGAAGAAGGCCUUGAUCUCAUUGAAAUGAGACAGUCCCGUUUUCUGUACAAUCAUGAUGGUUCUGAAGCGACCCAGGACUCCAUGGUGUUCCUGGCCCUGGGACACUCCUCUGAGGCCAGUUCUCGCAUUAGUAUCACAGUGCGUCAUCACCACACUGACAACUACCGCCUGCUCAAGAGUGACAAUGCCACAUUGUCUCUGACAUUAAAUGAAUAUGAAUCAAAAGUCAUCGGCAGUUCUCACCUCCACUUCACAGAUCAUCGCUCCCGAGAUGAGGAACUUGUAUACACUAUAACAUUCCAGCCACAGUUUGGUUCCCUAGUUCUGACAGAAUCACCUGAUGUUGUAAGAGUGCUUAAUAAGACUAACAAGUUCACACAAGCAGAUAUUGUAUGGGGCCACAUCAACUAUACCUCUCACACAGAGAUUGGCCCAGAGGAAAUAGAGGACCAGGUGUCCUUCAAUAUCACAGAUUCUGGAAACAAUGUGCUUUCAAAUCAGGUAUUAAGAGUAACAAUUCUUAGUGUGGACAACAGCAUUCCCAAUGUGGAGGUAGGAGGCCCAGUGCUAGUGGCUGAGGGAGGCAGCAUGGUGGUGCCUGCUACUUCUAUCAUUGCUUUAGAUCUGGACACACUACCAUCCAAACUUGAGGUGGUGUUAGAUUCACAGCCAAUCUUUGGAUAUCUUACCAACAAAGAUGCAGACAAUGCAGUUGGUUCUCAAGGAACAGCUCCCUUGGCCAGGUUUCCUCUGUCAGCCUUGCAGGACGGCAGUGUGUGGUACAUCCAGUCACUGCACCGUGACCAGGAGCCUGACCAGGACACUUUUCUCUUUCAUGUUACUGAUAGUAAAAAUGAUUCUCCAGUUGAAAGAUUUAAUAUAACUAUCAAGCCUGUCAAUGAUGAACCACCAGUUGUCUUGGGAGAAAGAGUGCUUGUUGAAAAAGGGCAAACUAUUGUGAUUAAAAACCAGUCCCUUUCCAUAUUUGACACAGACUCUGGAGCUGAGAACCUCAUAAUAAGUGUGGAGCAGGUGCCACAGCAUGGCUCAUUACACAGGAAGAAGUCAGCAUCAGAUUCCAUCAAGCAAAGUGACCGUCUUGUGCGUGGGCAAUACUUCACUUUUCAGGACAUACUGAAUGGCUUGAUACUAUACAGUCAUGAUGGCUCAAAGUACCCUGAGGAUGUCAUCCAAUUUUUGGUGAGUGAUGGAAGUCAUGAAACAGGUGGAAUUGUGGAGUUUGAAAUAGUGCAGGAAAGAGACAUGGCUCCAAAAUUGAGCAUCUCCUCCAGUCUGACCCUGAGGGCUGGCCAGAUGGCUCUUGUAUCUCAGAAUCUUCUUAAGGCUGAGGAUGCUGACUCAGAUGAUGAAAAUAUUAAGUAUGUGAUCACUCGGGUGCCAGACUCAGGGAGCCUUGAAAUCCAUCACCUGGGCUCCUGGGUGCCUCUUGGAGUGGGAUCCGUCUUCCUGCAGCAGGAUGUUCAGAAUGGUCACAUCCGGUUUGUGCACCGUAAUGAUGCACGUAAUGAUGCUACAGAUGUUCUCCGAUUUAACCUUCUGGACUCCGAAGGAAACAUUAAUUUGGAUCAAGCACUGCACAUCACUGUGUUGGAAGAUCACAUACCUCCACGUGUAGUCACUAACACGGGUCUUACAGUCUUAGAGGAUGGCAGUGUUCCCAUCACACACCACCUCCUUUCAGCCACUGAUACAGAGGUGGCUCCAGCAGAAUUACAGUUCUCAUUGGUGAGUGGGCCUACUCAGGGACACCUCUUUAUGGCAACCUCACCUGAGGAAGCAAUAUCAAGCUGGAGUCAGGAAACACUGGAGACAGGUGGCUUGCUGUACCGCCAGCAAAGUGAGGAAGAAAUCACCAGUGACCACUUUGUCUUUACUGUAUCAGAUGGACCUAACAGCAUCUCGGACACUUUCCACAUCAUCAUUACACCUGUAGAUGACCAGCUUCCUGUUCUCACCACAAAUGUCAUCAAAGUUCAAGAAGGAACAAGGAAAGUUAUCUCUGAAUUUGAAAUUCAAGCUGCUGAUGCAGAUACUCAUGAUGAACUUCUGGUGGUGAGGAUGAGUGAGUUGCCACAACACGGAUGGUUGGAGGUUGAUGGGAAACAGGAUGCAAGGGUCUUCACUAUGAUGGAACUUUAUUCUGGGGCUGUGUCUUAUGUACAUGAUGGAUCAGCCUCCUCACAGGACUCAUUUAGUGUGGUCGUCUCAGACUCCACUAACAGCCAGUACCUGCAGGUAGGGAAGCAAGCUCCCACUAGUGAACCAACCACCAUUAAUGUGGAGGUCUCUAAGGUGGAAGAUGGCACCCCAAUCCUUAGAGUAAAUAGAGGACUUCACUUCUUGCAGCAAGAAGCUGGAACCAAGGGAAAAAAUUUCAUCACAAGCCAUGAGUUGCUAGUGGAGGACAAAGACACUCCUCCUGAGAAGGUACAGAUAAUAGUAACAGCUGGCCCAACCCAUGGACAGCUGCACCUUACCUCUCAGAAGCAACCAGUAUCUUCUUUUACACAAGCUGACAUAACAGCAGGUCACAUCUACUAUGAACUCACUGCCCCCUCCCACCAAGUGUACAGUGAUCAGUUUAGCUUUGAAAUAAGAGAUGAUAAAUCCAGUGUUGUACCUGGCAACAUUUUCCACAUCCAAUGGUCUUUGUUUGUCAUGGGCCACAAACAAUACAGUGUGAGAGAAACUGAAAAAGAGAUUAAUAUUCUGGUGAGGAAGAUUGGUAACUUGAAGCAACAGUCCUCAGUGACCUGCAUCACACAUGGAGGGUCUGCCAGAGGGCGCACCAAAGGAACACAACAGGUGGACUUUACGCCUGUUUCUAACCCUCUCCAGUUUGCAGAAGGAGAAGCAGAAAAGUACUGUGUUGUCCCGAUCCAGGACGAUGACAUUUUUGAAGACUCUGAAACAUUUAGUGUGAGGCUGGCAGAACCAAGCUAUGGUCUUUUGGGACGGCCCAGAAAAUCACUGAUAACUAUUAAUGAUGAUGAAGAUAAACCAUUAGUCAUGUUUGAUACUAGUCAUUUUGUUGUAAGUGAGACUCAAGGUUUCAUCAUUGCUGGAAUGAAACGAUCUGGAGACACAAGUGUUGGAGUAUCUGUGAUGUGUGUUAGUGAGGAUGGAACUGCCAUAGGUUCUCAGCCAAACCAUUUAGCCAAUGGAACUGACUUUAUUCACCGUUUACAUGAUGAGUCUUCUAUGGUUGUGUUUGCUCCUGGCAUUACAAAUUCCUCAUGCACUGUGAAAAUCAUAGACGACCAUGUUUUUGAAAUGAAUGAAGAGUUUUUUUUAGUGUUGAAGGACCCAUCUGAGAACACAGCACUUGGAGAUCAUUGGAGGGCGUCUGUCACCAUUAGGGGACCAAAUGAUGAGAGCAGAAUUGGUUUCAACCCAACUGAAUAUAUUGUGUCAGAGAGUGAAGAUACAGUAAGUCUUAGAUUGGAGAGGACUGGAAUGGACCUGAGUCAUACCUGCAGUGUAUGGUGUACCACAGGGGACAGCUCCCAGCUGGAGGCUCAGCCUUCACUUGACUUUGUUCCCCAUUCAGAACAAGUGAAUUUUACAGCUGGGCAAAGAAGUGCAAACUGCUCUAUUCAGCUGAUUGAUGAUAAACUGAAUCCCAAAGUGGAAGGAAGGGAGCAAUUUAUUGUGUCUCUCAGCACUGGGCAGAAUGCCUCUGUUAGCAGCAGCAGCUCAAAGGCUGUUGUGAUACUGACAGACAAGGAGGACAUCCCCUCAAUACAGUUUGGAGCAGCAGAGGUUACAGUGCGAGAAAACCAGACCAUGGUUAGGGUUCCAGUGAUACGAUCAGGUGACUUGAGUCAAAAGUCUUAUGUUCGGUGCUCAACACGCCAGAGAUCAGCCAAAGCAAAUAUAGAUUUCAUUGAACGACCCAAUACAAAGGAUUCAGUUGUCACAUUCCAUAAGGGAGUCUCAAGGAUGGAGUGUGAAGUGAGCUUGAUAGAUGAUGUCAUUUAUGAAAAGGAAGAAAAGUUCAUUGUGAAACUAUCUCAUCCAGAUUCUGCAUCUGUCUUCCGUCCCCACCUUGGGGAGGACAGGGUGGCACGAGUAACUAUUGUAGACUGGGAGGAUCGUCCAAGAGUGUCACUCGAACAUGGUGCAUAUACCACCACUCAGCCGCCUGCUGUUACUCCCUCUGUCCCCUUCCACAUCCCUAUCAUCAGAGUGGGAGACUCAUCACAGGUGUUGUGGGUGAAUGUGUCGACCCAGGAUGGCUCAGCUAUGGCAGGAGUGGAUUAUGAGGCACUUAGCACACAAGUGGAAUUUGUCCCUGGGAAUGCCAGAAUGGAAUUGGAGGUGAUGCUGCUGCACAACCCUCACAACAAAGCACCACGGAUGUUCACAUUGCUGUUGAGGCCUGAGGAUUUCACCAAUACUCAGCUUGGGACUCUUAUAUCCACAUCAAUUACUGUUCUGCCACGUGUGGAUGGACAGGGAUGGAUUCUCCCAGCACCUCCUAUUGUUGUCUCCCUUCCUUACUACCAUAGUGCUGCGGAUUAUGUAAGGAAACCUGCCAGCCCAGGCUACCCUCUGGUUUGUGUGACUCCCUGUGAGGCCAGCUACCCAGGGAGUAAUGUUACAACAGAAAUGUGCGCUGAAGCAGGAAUCAAUGUUUCAUCCAUCCAAUACUCAUGGGAGGUGGCAGUUCCUGCUGAGGGAGGCAGUGGCUUCACUCCCUUCUAUUCUCUUUCAGAUGACACAAACUUUGCAAAUUCUCACAGCAAGGCACUUGAAUCCAUGUUUUUUGCACGGCACUUUUGGGUUCGGUGUAUUGCCACUCCCACCCAAGGCAAAGGUACACAUGGCAUUCCUCUGCGAAGUGAGGCUGCAACAAUUGGAAGCCAGAAUGGGGUAUGUGAGACCGUGAUGGCUCCAGGACUUGCUGGUGGGCUGCAGGGUCAAUCCUUCAAGGCCUCCCUUACUUAUAUUAAUGCCUCUGAAGAGCAUCAUCCCAAUACUAUCAAAGUUCAUAUUGAAAUUCCCCACCAAGAUGGCAUGGUUCCCCUAAUAUCAACUCUUCCUAUACAUAACGUGCGCUACCUGCUGACAGAGGAAGUGUAUCGCACACACCACCGCUGCUCCAACUUAGAUGCUGCUGGAGGGUUCUUGAGAUCUCUACAGUCUCCCAAUUCUCAUGAAGAAUACCAGGGUGAGAGAGAGAGUAGUUCCCUACAACUGUAUCAACACCUUGACUUGAAGAAGUGCAUGUGGACAUUUUCUGCUUGGUUCUCAAUGUCAGAGUUGGUUGACCGCUGUGGGGGGCAAGUGAUAUCAGAUUUCCAGGUUGGAUCAAGUGGUCAGAGUUUCCUGACUGUGCGUGUUCCUCUGUACAUCUCACGAGUCCAUGCCACAUCUCCCCCUGGCUGGGCAUCCCUUGACCACCGCACAGAGCUUUCAGUAUCACUCUACUACAACACUCUCCUGUGGCACCGCGGACCCGUCACUGAGCCCUCCCUUACUGCCAGGGUGCAGGUGACAAGGAUGUCUCUGGAUGACUCUGGACGACUGGUGAUUGACAUAACAACUCAAGCAAAAUUUCGAGGCCAGUUUGUGAUGCAGCAUCCGCAUCUGGAGCGGUAUGUUUCCCGCCUCAUUCCACCAGCACACUUGGAGACACAGUUCUCCUUGGAACUCCUGUGGUCAGCCUCUACCUGGGAAGGGCCAGAGCAGACCUGGCGAGCAACCAGCACCUACAGUCUGCCAGACUAUACAGGGGAGUACAAACUUGAAUUGAUGGCCUGCACAGCUCCCCCAACACAGGCAUAUGCUGUUGUUGAUCCCCCAGCCUGCAUGCCUCACCCUCCUCAAGCCUUCCCUCUGCCACUGGCCAUUCAGCAGAGCCACCGUCCUGUGCCUCUGGUUUAUACUCUCAACACAGUGUUCCAGCUCCUCAACACUCCUGACCUCUUUCUCCAGGAUCCUCGAGAAGUAGAUAAUUUACAGAAAGUUGACUACUUGGGCAGCUUUGGUCCAGGACAGACUAUAUAUGGCCGUGUGCUGUGGCAUCCCAGUCAGGACCUUCACUCAGCCUACCAGGUUUACAUUCAGCGUGUCUACCUCUGUGCUGGUGCUGAUGGGUAUAUUCCUACAUAUGACCCAACAGGAGAGCUUUAUAAUGAAGGUCCUCAGUAUGGCUGCCUCAAGCCCUCCAGCACACUGAAGCACAGGUUUCUUAUUCUGGAUCGAGAGCAGCCUUAUGCAAGUGAAGCCAAUUUAAGCCUUCCAGGAUUGAAAGCCCAUUUUGCUCGUGACCUUCCUGAGUUUUCAUCUCUCAAGCAGCUCUCUGGAGUGGAUGGCUUCCUCCUUGACACUGAUGGCUUGUAUCAGGUCAACUCAGGCCAUCAGUGGUACUUACAGGUGCUGUACACAAUUGGUCCCCAUAGUGAGCGGCCACGUCGGGAGACAAGCCUUCACUCUGCAAUAACAAGUACAUUUUCACCUGAGCUCAGUUACACUUCAUCUGAAAGAGAAACAAUAACAAUUGAACUCAAUAAAGUGCCUGAAGAAGGGACAGAAGAACUUCCAACUCCAUCCUUCUUGGCAUCUUUGUACACAAGAAAUGGAACAAAUAUGAGAAGCUUUCAGCUGGAAUCAACAAGUGCCACAGCACAAAAUUCUAUUUUCCUUUAUGUAUUAUAUGCAGUGGUUGCACUUUUGGUAUUGUUAGUGAUUAUAAUUGGAAUAAUUUUAAUAGUGAAACGAUUUUAUAACAAAUCAGAAAAAGACAAGGUGAUUGUUGUGCGCAGCUUAAAGAAUGAACGUGAAGAGUUUAGAAGAAGAGGUGAAACAAAAGCAUUAGAAAGACCGAAAACAUUGCCUCCCAAUAUGACAUUGAAUAGUGAAAGCAAUCUUCAGACGGUGAAAGUGAAGACAUUAGCAAUAACAGUAAGAAAUAAUCUUGAAGAUGAGGGAACCGAAGUGUAGUGCAUUUUGAACAUAUCACAAAGCAAUGUUUCAGUCAUUAGACUCGUGUGCACCUUGACUACAAGUUGCUGUUGUGUGAUAUCAAUGGGUGGAUCAAGUGCAAAAUGAUUACAUCUGAUCACCAUAAAUGGGAUUAGACCUGAAACUUUUUUUUACUGAACAAUCUAAUGAAUAUUUUUGUGAAUACAGUGAAUCCUUGAUUUUCCAAAAUGUAUGACAAAUGGAUCUUAUUGUCAUAACUGGGAUUAGGUCUUUGACUUCAUUUAACUGAAUGAUAUACUGAAUAUUUCUGUGGACCCUCAUUUAUGUUAACUAAAAGCUUGGAGGCUUGCAUGGAAAUUCCAAUAAUUUGAUGUUUCACUUGAUACUGGAAAUAGUACAAAAAUGGUGAGGGAACAUUUUACAGUACACAAAAUGAGGAAGAAAAAAAGCCCACCGAGUUGCCUCUUCCCUAAAAAAAGACAAAGCUGGGAAAAAGAUAUAGUCUGCCCUCAUCCACUAUAACAGUUAGGUUCCUGAGUGCAUCAUGCAUGCACUUGGAGAAGUCCCUUUCUUUGAACCCCAACUUGCAUUCCAAUAAACUGGACUUUUUUUUCUGGUAAACUGGAUGUGUUUGUACUAAACACAGGUUGAUAGCAUACACACACACACACACACACACACACACACACAUUAUGUAGUGUAAUAGCUAGUUGCUCACAACCAAGGAGGCCAGGAUUCAAGUCCCAGGAGCAGCAAGGCAGAUGGGUGUGUCUCAAUAUGUAGCCCCUGUUCACCCAGCAGCAAAUAGGUACAGGAUAUAAGCCAAAGGGUUGUGACUUUACUGUCUUGGUGUUGGAUGUGUGAGUGUUCUCAGUCCUAUCCAGUGAUUGGUAACUAUGAGCUUGGAGCUCUUUCUAUAAGGGAAUUAUGCUAUGUUAUGAGACCAGCAGAUGACCAUGGGUGAAUAAUACACACACACACACACACACAAGAAGUAUAGAUUUCCUCAGAAAAGUGGGAACAAAUGGAAUGAACUCAUUGAAGACGUCAAUGCUGUAACUGUCCAUGCUUUUAAGACCAAACUGGAUAGAUAUAGAGACAGGAUACUAUGAGAUUACUCCCCUCCCGUAAACCACAACUAGGUAAACACACACACACACACACACAUACACAAACACACACACGUGCACAUACUAUUAUUUUAUUAUGAUUUUUUUUUCUUUACAAUUGUGCAAAGAAAUAAGUAACAUGAAAUUGGUUGCUUAUGCAACUUUUGAUUUUUAUACAUUUUCUUAAGCUUUGUAAAUUUUACUCAAAUCUUGAAAACUGAAAAUCACCUAAUUUACUUGAGCAACUGAAUGUCUGCCUCCCUUUCUUUUAUCAUCAUUUUUAUAUGGCACACAUUAGAUUGGACCAUACUUGUAUAUUUUGUCACUGCUAAUUUUGUGAAUUUCGGGAUACUGAAGUUGAAAAAUUAUGCAAAAUCUGACACUUCCCUUACUUUUUAGAAAUAUACAGAGGGACUGCACAUUUAGCAUGUGUUGUUUUGUGUAUUUUAUAUUUUGGGAUACCAUUCAAUUACUAUCCUACUUCAGUUUUAGUGAGCAAAUCAUCACAUUCAUUGUUGGUUGGCAUCUGUGCUGUAGUGUACAUUUAACCCUUCUGCUUCCCAACCACCACAUUGUUGACAUUAGCAUCCUGUGUUUUUUAACUUCUCACCUGUGAUGAUGUUUUAGUGAGUGAUACAAACCUAAGAUGGUGUCAAGAACUUCUGGUUGUAAUGGAGGGGGCAUGCUGACAAAGAUAGGAAUCCUACAGGCACUAGGAAGCAGAUGAGGCAGUGUGUAGAAGUAGAUGUACCCAGCAGUCUUGGAUACCACCUACACUCACCUCACUUACAUACCUCUAUGUAGCUGAUAUCAAGCAUUGACCAUUUCCCUUGACAAUGAUUUAAAUACAGGUGAAGCAUGAUCACAAUGGCCAAUUCACCAAAACAGUACCAGUGCAGCAUUAGGUGCUGUUAUAAAAUCUGUCCUUAUCAUCAUCAUGGAUAAAUCCCUCAUCAGAUACCUCACUAUUUAGCCACUCAUAUACUAUAAUUUUGUUUGGCAUUGGCUGUGGUGGAAGCUCACAGCUUUGUGGAUACUGUGGCUGUGCUCUGAAAAUGUAAACUAACUAUACUGAAUUUGAACUUGCAUUUAAUAAAGGCUUUGCCAUUUUUAUUUUUAUGCACACAGAAUGCUGCUACACAUAUAUUUAUGAAUUUUGUAUAUAGUAAUUUGCAAUUUGAGGAUCAAUCCUCUCCCUCCUAGAGUCCUAGAUGUUAAAAUGUGAGGAAAUACUUGUGGGUAUGACUGUGAAUGUGAGAGUGUGUGUGUGCAUGUGGUGCCUUGUCUUGGGUGCACCCUUUGUGAGGGGGUGUUGGCCCAGUCUAUGGAUCAAUAGAAUUUGAAUUUUAUUAUGUAUUUUGUCAUGAGUAAAGAUUACAUCAUACUGCUAUAAUCAUCAUCAUCAUCAUCAGUCUAUGAUUUCACUGCUCAAGGAAUUGGCACUGACAAGCAGUUUUUUCAGAGAAUUAUUUCCUGUAUAAUGAUAUCACAACCCAGGAAGUCAAAAUAACAACAGUGCAUGCAUGACCAAUGUUUUCUCCGAUAAUUUAAUGUUGGAGAGUAUUUUUAGACUUAAUUUAAUGACAUUUAACCUCCUAUUCCAUGCAUUGUGUAUAGUCCUGGUCCUUUUAGAUAGAAAAUAUUUGUUGACAUUGGUUGUGUCUGCAUUUUUGCUUUGGCUACUCCUGGUUCAUGGCUACUUCUGGUCCAGAACACUCGCUUAAUGGUUUGUGGGUUUGUGUUAUUUGCCAAAUUUUGUACAUAUUUUUUUUAUCUUUAGGUAUCCAAUAAUGAUUGAUAACAAAAAAAAGAAUCUUAAGCUUAAGGCUACAAGUUGAGCAAAAGUGACAUUCUGUCAGCUUUGGUACCAAUUAAUGUUAUUCAUAGUUUUAACUAUUUGUGGUUGGUGAAGUUAUUUUGGCAACAUAUACUUGCCAAGUGUGUGGCCCACUGUAUGAUUUGUAUUAUUACUAUAGUAUAUGAGAUUCUGUGUAAAUUUAAAGCAAAUGUGCCCAUAUGCUAAAGUAAGUGAUUAUGGUAUCAGGAGUAUGAAAAUAUACCUAAGUUGAUAUAAUCACAAUAGUUGCAAUACUUUAAAUGUAUUGAGAAUAUUCAAUGAUUGUUUGGUGCCUUCCCAAUUGAUUGUCAGUCUUUUUCUGUCAUGCCUAAUAUAGAAAAAAGGUUGUAAGGUCAUUAAGUGAGGGAAUUUUUCCUUAUUCCCUUUAGUAAUAUAAGAUCAAUAUUAUCAUUGCAAACUAAAACCAGUCAUUUACAAGUUUGCAGUGACAUCAUUGUUAUUGUUCUUGUCAUCAUCAUUAUUGUUUUGAAAAGCAGUUUCUAUGCUUACUCAUAUGACAGCAAUUUGCCAAAUUUCAUGUUUGCCUGCAGUUAGUUUUUCAUCUCUAAUGCCUGGAUCCUUCCUGCAGGACAUCAUUCAAAGCCUACUUAUCGGAGACAGUUGUGACAUGUGCAUCCCUAUAAUGUUCUCCAUCUUAAAUGAAUAGUAGGGCAUCUGUGAGAUACAUUGGGGGCUGAAUCAUUUCUUUUUGCUGGAACAAGAUAGAGUUAUUUCCGAUAUGAGAUGAUAGUUGAAAAAAUUGUUACUGCUAUACUAAUGACAUUGUUUUAUGUUUUGCUGUGGCAACAGUUAUUAUGGUUCAGUGAAAGUGAAUGGAUCUGUGAUAGAAAGAAUGAAUUUUUAGAUAGUUUGAGUCACACAAGAAUCAUGGGUAGUUAUUGCCGAGACAUUUACGAAAUGCAACCUCGUGUCUUCUAACUUAACUGGCCAGCUCUUGGUAUGGUCUUAGCGUAAAACUGUGCUGUGUAAGUUGCUUCUUUAUUGCCCCAUAUAUUGACUCAUCAGUCAAGCUAUAUUGAAGGAGGAUCUACCUUAUUAUAAUGGACAUAAGAUUGGUGCUGCCUUUAUAUUUCACAGAUAAUCUGUAGUUUAUUUAUUUCAUUCUUUUAUUUGUUUACUUUCUACAGAUAUCAAAGGCUCAAAUAAUACUACAUUGUUUAUGAUGUAGCUUAUCUAUAUCUAAACUUCAUUAUACAAUGUGAUUGUAGUUUAUUGCUACUAUAUGUUUUCAGUAAAAAUUGUCAUUCCAAUACAGUACUAAAUACCUAACAAGUAUUUAUAUUUGUUUUGGGAAACUAACUUAGAACUUCAAAAUUAUUCCAAAAUUUUAAGCCUGUAUUCUUAAACAUUUGGAAGCUUUCUCUUUAACUGACUCUAGUGGAAGUUAUUCACAUUUUUCAAUAAUGUUUAUGUGAAUCUAAAGAUUGUUUGAUGAGGGUUCUGCAUUAUAAGUGGGAUAAAACACCCAUGAGAACCAACCUAGCAUCUGUCUCAGUGACCUUCAAAAAUAGCCCUAAUGAGAGCAAAGCAUUUAAGAGUACAGGCCAUUGCCCCUCCUUUUAUCUAAAAUAUUCUUUGUGAUUCCUUCAGAAUGCUAUGAUAAGGUCAACUUUUUUCUGAAGCUUGAUGACUUUCUUGUCAAAGUUAGACUGAAGGUGGAGUUUCAUCACUGUAUGUUGAGUCUGCCUAGUGCUUUAGUGAUGUCAUUCUUACCAUCUCAGAAGGUGCUAAUUGUAGUGCUUGUAAAGUUUCCCAGCAAACUGGUAUAAAUUUGAAUGCUGCACAAUAGAGUACUGUAAUGUGAAGUUACUUGUGAAUCUUUGUAUUGGUUCAACAUUCUUACAUUAUUUGGUAUCACCUUUUCUCAGGUGUAUGAAUCACUGCCACUGUCUAUUUAUUUAAUAAAUGCAAACAAAGCCUU